AUUGGUAUUCUCUUAUGGAUUCUAUUCGAAAACAAUUACGUAAACUUCCACCUUCAGCUGUUAUCAAGGUGUUGCGUAAAGCGUUUGCAAUGCCAGCAGGUGCUGCUAGACUUAUUCUCAACGAUAUCACCAAACCUAGGGCAAGUCAUAAACCUUGGAUACGAAAAGUUAGUCAUCCUGAAUGGUCUGGUUGUUGGAUUGGAGAACAGGUGUCUACUUUAGAUGAUGAUUCUUUAUAUGAACGUGUUGAACAAGCUGAUGUGUUGAUAUUCAAUGUUCAUGGUGGUGGAUUUCGAAUUGGUAAAUGUACCAUGUACAUGGAUACUUAUAUUGGAUGGAUUCAACAAUUGAAGAAACUAUAUAAUCUCAAAGUGAUGAUUAUGUCAGUGGAUUAUCGAUUGGCACCCGAGUUCCGAUAUCCUAGUCCUGUAGAAGAUAUCGUACGUGCUUAUGAACAUUUGAUUCUGGGACUGAAUAUCGAUCCUCACAAAGUGGUUGCUAUUGGUGAUAGUGCAGGCGCAGCUCUGAUUUUGGAAAUGUUAUUUAUUACCCACGAUCCAAGUAUGUUUGAAAUAGUGACUGAUGACAUGGACAAUGGUGAACAAGGUAGUGCGCCAAUGAUCAGUGAACUUCCUCGACCAGCUGCUACGGUAUUGGUAUCCCCUUUGGUAACGGAUGAAACGACUUCUCAGUCUUGGAAAGAAAAUGUCAAGUAUGAUUACAUCUCUCAAUACACCGCCAAAGUCAUCAAACGUGAUUAUUUUGAACCAACUAAACCAGAUGAUGACACUCCUCCAUCAUCACGCCAUAGCAGUAGUGGUAAUGAAGAUAGUAGCCAACAAGUAUUAGGUAUCGCCAAAUUACAAACAGGUUUUCAAGCAUUCUUAUCCAACUAUGUGCUUAUGUAUGUUGGUAAUUUGGAAGUACUUCGGGAUGAUGCAUUGGAUCUAGCAGCAAAAGCAAAGGACGAUGGUGUGAAAUGGACAACGGUGGCUGAAGAUUGUGUACAUGAUUGGUUCUGUGUACGUGAAGUGGUCAAGGACAAAAAGGUUUUGGAACGAGCUGACAAGGUAUUUGCGGAUUUUGUAUACAAGGCAAUUGGUGAAUAUCGACAUCAUCAAAGUAUGCUGGAUUUAUCAAUGCGACGUGCAAGUGAAGGAUUACAUACGGUGAAUGAAGAACAUGGAGAAUAUGAAGACGACGACGACGAUGAUGAUGAUGAUGAAUUUCAUGAAGUUAUGACUGUGGACGAUCUUGGAGCUACAUUGGAAGGUAUUCGACUAGCUACUUCGGACAAACAUAGUAGAUCAUCCAAAUCAUCUUCAUCCAUGCUUUAUGUAUGAAUAUAUUCCCUUUUUUUUUUCUCUUUAGUUUUAACUCUUUGUAUAUAUAUAUAGUAUUCAUUAUCAUCCUUUUUUAUUAUUAUUAUUAUUUUACAAUUAUUUUUGAUGGGUAUUAUUCAUUAUGCUCUUUUUUUUUUUU